UUUUAAGUGGAGCCAUAAAUAAGUGGAGCUGUUUUAACGAGAGCAAUUUUAUCCGAACGAACCCGUUUUCCACCUCCUUCCUCUCCUUUCAACAACAACAAACCUUACCAUCUCCUCCAUCCUCAACAUCCAACACUCCACUCUCCAUCAAAUCCCAUCAGCAGUCAUCAUGAACUCUAUUGCCCAGCUCGCCACCCGCUCCGCACGCCUCAAUGGCGGGCAAGCUAGCUCAAUCGCUCGCCGAGCUUUCACAAAUGGCCCAGCCACCUCCGUCUCCCGCUUCCAGCCUGCUGCCCGCAACAACGGUCUCCUCAUGAGCCGCGCCAUGCUCCGCAACACCGCCUCCAACGUCACCCGCGGCCAAUCGCGCGGUAUCGUCACCGAGACCAUCACCAUCGGAGCUGCCGUCCUUAGCGCCGGAAAGUUCAUCGGAGCUGGAGCUGCUGCUGCCGGUCUCAUCGGUGCCGGAACUGGUAUCGGAACGGUGUUCGGUGCCCUGAUCUCCGGUGUCGCGAGGAACCCAGCUCUCCGUGGUCAGCUUUUCUCCUACGCCAUUCUCGGUUUCGCCUUCGCUGAGGCCACCGGACUGUUCGCCCUGAUGGUUUCCUUCUUGAUCCUCUUCGCAAUGUAAACAGCUUUAUUACAAUUACAUGGUGGAUUGUGGGGGGUUUUGUGGAGAUAGACGCGGAGGGUGAUGGAAUGGAGAGGAGAGGAGAAAUGCCAUCGGAUCGGAUCCUAAUAGGAUAGGUUGUGUAGUAAAAUUCUCUUCUCCAUGUACAGUACGUAGAAUUAAGGAAGCAUUACGCUCACUUCUAUAAUAUUAUACGUGAUCUUCCUUCUACAAUUUGAAUUCUUGACAGCUG